ACGAGGUACUGCUUACGUUUGACCCCAGAGAGCCUUGUCGGUUUACGUCACCCGGACCAUUCUUUUCCUUCUUCCUAACCUAACAAAUACCCGAGCCAGUACCACCCACCGGAGUAAUCCCAACAUGUCGGUUUCCCUUUGACUUUUCAAUCCGUUGUUGGCCAAUCACAUCGCUGGCCUCAGUGCGCGUGACCUUGUGCGAUUCUCCCUCCACCUCUCCUAGAAUCCAAAUCCUGGGAGAUUUGCAUUUCUCUGUUCUAUUGGCAGCAGAACUAUAACUUAUCCUCCUUUAUUCAUGGAGACUUCCAUCCUCUAGAAACGUAAUCCCCUAUAAAACGAAAAGGAAGAUCUCUCCAACCCAAAUCACUCUGUUUCUCUCACUCCAAUCAGAGUCCAGGAACAUCUCAAAUAACGUUGGGGUAUCACAGCUGUCUUUAGAAGGGAAGUUUUUGAACAGUCACCAAAGGAUAUGGAAGCUUGCAAGCCGCUCAAAUCUGAUAAUAAUAGAUUAAUGCACCGCCCUUUGACUCCUAUUCGGAUUUUAAGGGGUCUUCUAUGUCUAGUGGUGUUUCUUUCCACCGCCUUCAUGUUUUUAGUGUAUUUUGCACCUGUGAGUGCUGUUAUGUUACGGCUUUUCAGCCUGCAUUACAGUAGGAAAGCAUCAUCCUUCCUCUUUGGCCUGUGGCUGGCUCUAUGGCCUUUUCUGUUUGAAAAAAUAAACGGGACCAAAGUGGUUUUUUCUGGAGAUAUGGUUCCAGAAGGGGAGCGUGUUUUGCUUAUUGCCAAUCACAGAACUGAGGUUGACUGGAUGUACUUGUGGGAUCUUGCAUUGAGGAAAGGGUGUCUGGGCCACAUGAAAUAUAUCCUUAAAAGCAGCUUGAUGAAACUGCCUGUCUUAGGUUGGGGAUUUCACAUCUUGGAGUUCAUUGCUGUGGAGAGGAAGUGGGAAAUUGAUGAAGCAAUUCUGUGCAAUAUGCUUUCCACAUUUAAGAAUCCUCAGGAUCCAUUAUGGCUCGUUCUGUUUCCUGAAGGAACUGAUUUUACUGAAGAGAAAUGCAAGAAGAGUCGAGAAUUUGCAGCUGAAGCUAAACUGCCUAUGAUGUUCAAUGUCUUGCUCCCAAAAACUAAGGGCUUCUGCUUUUGCUUGGAAGCACUGCGGGGCUCCUUGAAUGCAGUUUAUGAUGUGACCCUCGCAUACAAGCACCAAUGCCCUUCCUUUAUGGACAAUGUGUUUGGCGUGGAUCCUUCAGAAGUUCACAUUCAUGUUCAACGUAUCCCAAUUGAUGAGAUUCCAGCAACUGCUAAGGGGGCUGCAGCAUGGUUAACGAAUAGGUUCAAGCUCAAGGACCAGUUGCUCUCAUAUUUUAAGGAUCAAGGCCAUUUCCCCAACCAAGGAACAGAAGAAGAACUUUCUACAUUGAAGUGCUUGAUAAAUUUUACAGUAGUGAUUUUUUUUACUAUGAUAUUUGCUUAUCUUACCUUUUCUUCAUCCAUUUGGUUCAAAAUGUACGUAGGUUUAGCUUGUGUAUAUCUUAGUUCUGCUACAUACUUCAACAUUCAACCUUUACCCAUUUUAGGCUUUGUUCAAGCAAUGUUUUAUUGCAAGAACCACAGCAGUGAAUAGUAUAUUUUUUAAGAUAAAAUUUCUGGUAAUGAAUAACCAUUUCUUGUGUUUCUUUUA